AUGGUCCUCUUCUGGCCAUGGAAGGGGGUCGAUGCCUCGCCGGCGUCGUUUGAGAAGGCGCUCGCAGGACUGGCCGCCAAGAUCUCCGACACCCAGGCCAAGCUCGACCACACCCGGUCAGCCGCGAGACGGGUCCGUGUGCUCGCGACGCUGUACCUCUCGUUUGCCUACGUGGUGUACGCCAUCGUACUCGUCCUGGUCGUCGGCUAUCGAAACUUGGGCGCGCUGGAGUGGUCGGGCAUCGCUGGAGGUCCGCUCGCCAUUUACACCGUCCGCACGGUCCUCGACGCCUACUUCAACUUCCGCAUCGAUAUGCUCACUGCUCGACUCAAGGACUUCAAGGCCGAGCGCGAAAAGACGAUCCUGAAGCUCAAGGCUGCCACCAAGUACGACUCCACCCUCGAGCUGUUGGAGAAGUACGGCGGCGUCGAGACCAAGCAGGGCGACCACAAGAACAAGGGCAGGCCGCGGCUGGCCCAUGUCGACGACAGCCAUGCCCACCCGUCUUCGUCGAUCCGCACCGGCUUAAAGCCCCCAGCAACUGCCAACAUCGCCCGCGGCACACCGCCGCCGCCGCCAGUCAUCUCCAUCCGUCCGAGUCCCGAUGCUCCCGAUGCAGCUUCUGGUUCCGAUCUGGACGUGUCGGCUGAAUUUGCGCCCAACGCCUUUGGGCCCGAUACCGAAGACCAUAUGCUGCUGCUGCAGCAGCUGGGGUCCCGUCCGGCCUCGGCCAUUUCCAGGCCGGCUACUGCCAACACCAGGCCGGGCACGGCCACGUCGGUUGCCACCACCGCUCUCGCGCCGCCUGCCACCAUGACCGUUGCCGCCGCCGCCCAUCCGCACUGGUAUGACCGGCUGCUGGACCUCCUGAUGGGCGAGGACGAGAUGGCCGCCAAGAACCGUAUCGUGCUCGUCUGUGGCCGCUGCCGGCUGGUCAACGGACAGGCGCCGCCGGGCACGCGCAGCCUGGCUGAACUGGGCAAGUGGCGGUGCAUGGGCUGCGGCGCUGCAAAUGGCGAGGUGGCCGAGACGAAGCCGUCUCUCGGCGACGUAUUGGAAAAGCGACAGCGCCUCCGACCCCAGCGGGCGUCCAGCAGGCCACCGGAACUCUCGGACUGUGGAAGCGAGCUGGAACCAGACGAGGCCGAGGACACCGACUCCGAGGCCGACAGAAAAACGCAUUCAUAA